GAGGGUUGUUCGUCCUGUGGUGUGCAGAUGGCGGCUUCUGGUCGGUAUCCGGGACCUUCAGCCCCGCCCAUGUGAUUUAAACGCGACCUUUCCAGCGUCGCACCCACGCGCACCCCAGACCGAAUGGGUUUACGGGGUAGUCGCAGAAUUCUCGAGGGGGUGAAUGACUGAACGGCGCGUAUCUGCGGCGCGUUACACGCGCCCGUGUCUUCGCCCUCGUUAAACGCGAUCCAUUUCGGUAACGUUACAAAGCUCAGGUAUCCCAAGAAAGGGGCGGAUGCCGCGAAACAUUGUACAGACAACAAAGGUUCGCCAGGCUCAUUUUGAAGACAGAAAAGAGAAAGUACACGAGACUCGGGACACCCUCUACAAAGUACUGGAGUACUCUAGAGCACGACCACGGACCAGCGCGACGCGACGUAACGGACGAAAAGUUCAACAGACAGAUUUGCAUCGGAAUUACAUCGCAUAAAGUCGCGGUUCCCGCCCUCCCCUUCUAUCCCCGGAACAGACCACGAGCGCAAUGGGCGCAACCGCAUUAAAUACUGUCCGGGAUCUCCCGCUUUCCACGUUCUUGCCCAACCUCUGUCUAACCCCCCCCGGGGCUCGAAUCGCCCCGAGCCACGUCAGACGAGUUCAUCUUCCACUUUGACCGAAGUUCGGCGCUCGCUUUGAGCGGCACGAGAAGCGGGAACGAUUAUGAGCUUACUUGUGGCAGCCGGAGCUGGUGACUUACGACUUGACGAGAAUUAAUGCGGCCGUAGGGGAUAAUCGUCGGCAAAAGGAUGAGGAAUGCAAGGGACACCUUCAAAUGAAGAAUGAAAAAAUGUUACAUAAGUGAAUUGCCGCGAUUCUUUGUGCUGUCACGAGCGCGAUGGAAAUGCGGAUGACGGAUGCGAUGCAACGUCACGUGAGGAGCCUGUCCUUUCCGGAAGACAGCAAGAUGGGGCUCUUUUUCGCUCUCGCCAUUCCUCUGGACGAUCCAACAUCAACGAUGUCGGUGGCUAUGUUUCUUGAGGCAGAAUACGAAUUGCCGACAAACGUGACGGAAAUCGAACAGACGAGCGGAGAUGACGAGGGCAGGAUCAAGAGAAACGCUAAUCGACAACGAAGCAUUAUAGAUCGCACCACGAUCUACGCUAUGCUGGAAUCCAAAUUUGAAUCAAUGGGGUAUCCAGGACGUCAAUGUCUUCUUAGAUCCAUAUGCGAGACCAAACGGCAAGCCAUUCAUGUCCAUAACGGACUCCUCGGUGAUUUGUUGCGGAUCGUAUUCGCACCAAGUUCGUCCAUACUCGAGGAAGAUCUUCGUCAGGAAUACAUCGACGCGGAGAAUGUUAAAAAAACGGAGGAAUGUCUGGAAAUGUAUUCCUCCUGCAAACUUAACAUUUACGACUUUGUAACUUUUCGGGAAGCAUAAAGUUUUUCUCCCUGGGAAGCGUUGCACGCGAAUUUCCUAAGGGUGUAUCCACACGGAAGAGCAAUUCUAUUUCCACGCGACUUGAAUAUUUUCGCUGUCGCUGGGCGUGAAUGUGCGUCCGUUAUAAAGGCCGCUUCCGUACUGAUUCAGAAUAUACAAGCAAAAUAUACAAGUAUAUCAUUGUAUCACAAAGUCAAAUAAAACGCAUGAAUACUUAAAUUCUAAGU